AUGGCCGCUAAAAGGGAGAGGCUCAAAAAGGCCGCAAGAAGGGAACAAAAGGGCAGCAAACAGAGUUUUUGGAGCCUUUUUCGACCUUUUCCGACUCCCAUUAUUAAUUUCUAAAAAAAGUGAAGUCUUCAAUUACCAAUUAGAAAUAUGAAUUCUCGUUUUGACCAACGGAAACGCUAUUAUGAUACCACGAAAAGGAUCAAAAACCAUCUUCCAUUCCAUUUUCACGCUGUUGAAUCAUCCGAUUUGUAAAACUUUCCAAUUUUCAAAAGUUCGUUCUUUAAAUUGAAAAACUCUCCCCUUGAAUGAAAGUGGGUUUUUUGAUUCCUGUUAUUGUAGCGUUUCCAUUGGUCAAAACGAGAAAUGUCUUGAGAUGAUUCGAAACAGAAAAAAUGUGGCUUUUUAUCUUGGUUCCUUCGUUAUUUUUCAUGAAAAUAGCGAACGUCUUCAAUUACCAAUCAAAAAAAUAUGGAUUAGAAAAACUGGAGUUGAUUAUGAGCUUCAUUUUAUAAAUUAUUCUUCAAAAUUUAGUUGGAUAAUGGAAGUCAUGUUGAAGGCGAUGAAAAUCUCAUCUUUCAGUCGACAAUCUCCCGUCACCGAGCGGUUCUGGCCCCACGGCUUCUCCAACUUCAACCUCUCCCUCUGCCACUCCCAUUAGGUAAAAAAAGAUUUUUGGCCAAGAUAAUAACCUUUUCAAAACUUCAAGUGUGGCUUUUUCGGAUCAUUUUUGAAGAUAAUAAGCUUCCUUUUUUGUGGCGGGAAGGGCAAAUUGGUUGGUUUUUGAACGGCGAACCUUUUGGUUCGAGAAACGAGGAAUUGCUCUAUUUUUUGUCCGAAAAGUGCAGUGGACAAAGGGAUAGACCUUUUAGUUCAACUUUUCGAUGGGAAAAUUGGGAACAAGUGGUUUUUCCAAUGGUUUCUUAUAAAGUGACCGGAAAGGAAUGAAUUUUGAUUCCAGGGGUUUUUACCCACACUCUAUCGAUCUAUACUACCUGCGCCCUUUUAGAGAAAAAAAACUCUCCCAGAAUUUUUGAAAAUUCAUGAAGUUGUACCAUUUUUGAUGCUUGAAAAUCCAAAAAAAUUCAGAAAAAUAUUCCAUUUUUUUCAAAGAGAAAAAUUAACUAUUCUGCGUCAGAAAAAGCUUAAUAAAUAAUUCAUUUUCACUUGGAACUGAAAAAUAAGGAAUUUUUCCCUUUUCAAAAAGGUCUAGAAUUACGAGAAGAUCACUGAACAUCGAAAUUUGAUACUUUUUCGGUAAAAGGGCCCCGGAAAGUUAUGAAUUUUCAUCAGAACUACAGUUUUUUUUAUAAUCAAUUCACGCUUAAAAUGUCAUAUUCGAAAGAUGAAGGAACAUAAUUUGGAUUUAGAGCUCAAGAAAGUUCUUUCUCAUCGAAAGAACAUAGGCAAAGUAGGAAGGGUUCAGAAUUUUCCUUUUAGGGUGAUAAAGGCUCCUUUUUUGCGCCAUUUCAUCGGCUCUUAUGCACCAUUUUUGUUGCCUCUCCCCUUUUCCAAAAAUUCCUCGCUAGAUUUUUUCGAUGUUUUUAUUCAAUUUGAUGGAAGGCAUUUAGUACCUAGUGGAUGGAAGAUGCACUGAAUGAAAAUGAGAGAAAUGAAGUAAAAUAUAUGGUUUGAAACGUAUUUCGGCGGGUUUCUAGACACUCAAUACUUGAUAUGUUAUGUUAAAAAUGAUUGAAACGUGUUUUUAGAGAUUUAAAGGUGUUAGAAUCGAGGUUUUAGGAAUUUCUUGAUUUUCAAACUGGUUCAAAGUAAGGAGAAGCACUGUUUCUAACCACAUUUGUAAGUUUCUGCAAAAUUGGAAAAGUUGGAAAAAAGCUCCAUAGAAAUGUUCCUGUUUUGCUGCCUUUUUGCGCCAUUUUAUCGGCCCUUAUGCACCAUUUUUGCUGCCUCUCCCUUUUUCCACCUUUUCUUGACUCUUCAAAAUCCAGAAAAAAUGAAAGGCUUGAUAAAGGGACCAUUUCUGCGACCUUUUUCAAGCCUUUUAGCAGCUAUUAUUCACCAUUCCGACUUUUCCUGAGAACCUAUUUUUUUCCUCCUGCUUCCGGGAAAAAUAUGACAAAUUCCCUUCCUCUGCACUUUUUCCAUGUGCAUAUUUACGUGCAAUUUGGCCUUUGAUGCUUUGGAAUGAGGAAUGGAAUAAAUUGAGCCAAUUCGAGUUUUUUUCUGAGGGAAAUUAAUGGUUUAUGUACAAGAAGGGAAGCGCAGAAAACAUGGCUUCUCAUUCAAAAAUUUUGAAAAAUGGUCGGAUGAAAAUUUAUUUUGAAAGACGAUUUGAGUCUCUGUGAAAGCCAUUCAUCGUCAAGGAAUAACGAUUUAAAAAUUUUUGAAUUUAAAGAUAUUUUUUUGAGUUUCUUCGAUGUGAAAAUGCCAUUAAUGACCUCAAAAUUCUUAGAAAAACUCAAAUUGGCUCCAUCCAAAGCAUCAAAGGCUGAAUUUCACGUAAAUAUGCAUGCGAAAAUAGUGCAGAGGAAGGGAAUUUCUCCCUUUAUUUGGAUAUUUAAAAAGAGAAAGGGUUUUGAAAUGAGUCCAACCCCUAUAGGGGCCACUAAAGCUUGCAAAAGUAGCCCCAGUGGGGUUUUAUUUAGUGGCCCCUAUGAGGGACAUAAUAUAUCCUAGGAUCUCCAGAAGAGUGGUCCCUGUAGAGACAACCUUAGGGACCUUCUAGGGACCACUUCAAAUACCCCUAUAGGGGCCACUAAAGCUUGCAAAAAGUGAUCCCUAUAGGGAACAUUCUGGUCGAUAAUUGUUAUGAACUCAAAGCGAAGUAGCAUUUCCAUGGGGAAAAAAACUGAAUAAAUACGCGUUUUUCGAAUAAAAAUUGAGAGACCCCUAUAGGGUCCACUUGAGCUUUAGGGGCUAAGGGGUCAAGCCUUAAACUCCUAUAAGGACCACUUUACCACUAUAGGGACCACUUUUUUGGCCCCUAUAGGGGUUGUUUUUUGCAUAACCUCUCUAGGGACCACUCGGAACUCUUGUUCAGUACUUUGAUCCAAAAAACUUUCGAUUGGAAACUUUCCAUAAACCGCAAAAAUGUAUCAAGUUUCCAUGUUCGUCCAGUAACUCUAGACCUUUUUGGAGGGGGAAAGUCUCAACUUUUUUUUUCAAAGGGUUAAGUUUCAAAAUCAAUUGUUUGUGAUGCAUUUUUGAUCAAUAUAGAGUAUCGUGAAACUAGAAAAGACCUUUUCGAAUCGGAUUUUUAAAAAAGGCACAAAAGUUUAUUUUCUAGUGGAUUUUUUAAAUUACUACGUCUCCAACCUACUGGGAAACGCUGAAGUGGCCCCUGUAGGGAGAAAAAAACCCUCCAGAGGUCACUAUGGGACCCCCUAAAUUUCAAAAUCCCUUUAGGACCCCCUUGAACUUUUCACAGUACGUUAUCUCCAUCGAGAAUCGUUAAAAAAACAGCGAGGCUGGGAUAUUUAAAAAAAUGUUAAAAUGGAUUAUUGAUAAAUGUUGGAGAGGUUGAAUGGAUAGGAGAUUUUUUUGAUUUUUUUCGAGGAAAAAUAUUUAAUUUUUUUCAUUAGCCAGGACAUUCCAAGGCUUUUCAAUGUUCUUUUGAAUGAACUUUAUCCAAUCUAAAAGUUCAUUAGGGCUUGAAUAAAUGAAGAGUGGCAAGGACUCCGUAAACAAUAAAAAUUCAAUUUUGCGGUUAUUUUAAGUGUUGGAUAAGUAGAGUGGAUUUCCCCAUUUUCUGAUAUUUUGAAGAAUUUCAAGGCUCUUCGAAUUUCCUGUGCAUUUUUCGAGAAAAAUAUUCUAUUUUCCGUUCUCCAGGACAUUUUUCUUGGUUGUUGAUGUUUUGGGCAUCGUUUGACGUGCUUUUCCGUGCCCCCUUGGACUAAUAUUUUGGCCCUUUUUUCAGUUUGAAGAGCCUAGUUUUUCUGGAAAGGGGUUUUGAGAAAAAAUGAGGGUGAAUAGUAGUUUGGAAGAUUGUAUGAUGAAUUGAAGGAAACGUCAGAAGCUGGAAAAAAAAAGUAUUGAACCUUCAAAGAGAGCCUUACAAUUGAAAUCUGUUGAAAAAGGGAGUGACUGCAAAAUGGCCGCUAAAAGGGUCCCUUUUUACGACCUUUAUUGAACCUUUCUUUCUUGGUGGGCUAAAAAGAGUCAAAAAGGGUCAAAAAAGGGCUCUGAAAGUCCUGCUAUUUCCGAUUUUAUUACUGUAGCAUAUUUUGGUUCAUACACAGUCCCUUGUAAAAAUUAUUCUCAAUUUAAAAAUUUUUUUAUUUCUCAAAAGGGUCCAAAAAGGCUGGAUAAGGCCGAUGGAAAGACGGAAAAAGGCAGUAAAGAAACCAUUGCCACCCGUUUAGGAACAAUUAAUGGAAACAGACUGAUCCAUAACGGACCCUCGAAGGGCCCGUGAAGAGUUUUCCCGACUUUGCCUAUGGUGGAAAUAUUUUUGGAUGCGAAUAAAUCAUAGGCAAAGUCGGAAGGACCCUUUACGGGCCCCUGGAGGGUCCGUUAUGGAUCCAAACGGUUUCCAUUAAAUUUUCCUGAACGGUUCCCUUUUUACUGCCUUUUUCCGUCCUUUCAUCGGCCUUCUUCCACCCUUUUUGGACCCUUUUGAGAAACAAAAAUUUUUUAAAUCGAGAAAAAUCUUUACCAGUGACUGUGAACCAAAAUAUGUUACAGUAAUAAAAUCGGAAAUCAUCAAUAGCAGAGUCUUUCAGAACCCUUUUUGAGGCUUUUUAGUCCAUCAAGAAAGAAAGGCUCAAUAAAGGCCGUAAAAAGGAACCCUUUCAGCACCCCUUUUGUACCCUUACCCUUUCUUGACCCUUUUUGCAGCCUUACUCUUUCUUGACCCUUUUUUAAGGCUUUUUAAUCCACCAAGAAAGAAAGGCUCAACAAAGGCCACAAAACGAAACCCUUUUAGCGGCCAUUUUGCACCCGUUUUCCGCACUUCCGAUUUUGGCAGUGUAAUUUAGACGAAAAUUAAUAUUUUUCAUUAGAAAAUGAAGUACAAAACCAACCAGGUUAUUAAGUGUGGAAUAACCUUUUUUCUACCUGGGAAUAUUUUCCAAUCCCCCAAUUAAUUUUUUGUAGUUUUGAGCGUUUGUAGACUACAAAACGCAUAGCGGAAAGGUUUUUCUACUCAACUUUCUCAAGAUUUCCGUGAGAGAAAAAAAGCUUCUGAUUGUAAAUUAUUUAUGCCGCGAAAGCUUCUUCGAGACCUUUGGAAUAAUAAAAUAAAGUAAGAAAGUUUUAGGGGUUUUUGGCGCGAUUUUUGAAGAAAUGGAGGGAAAAAAAUAAUAAUUGGAUCAGUACUUAAUCAGUUAUAAAAAAGCCAAAAACUUCCUGGAAAUUCAUUUUUCAAUAUUUUUAUGAAUUUCUGGCAUUGAAUAAAGUUCAUUUAAAGGAUAGUAGAAAGCCUCAAAACUGGAAAAAAGGAAAAUGUCAUUCCUAAUGGGGUGAGGGAAGGUGAGCGAGGCGUCAAAGUUUCUACAAAAAAAAAGUAAGCGGAUAAAAUGACGUCAUACACUGAGUAUUCAACGUUAUUAACUUGUUUGGCUGCGUACUCGAGAUUUGAAUUUUCGCGCCAAAUUUUUUUUUUUGACGUCUUUUCACCCCAUUCGGGAACGCCGUGAUCGGAAGAAUCGAAGAAUUUUAAGAAAAAAAUGGUCUUUUCCGUGAUUUCAUCUUUUUUUUUUUGGAGUUUUUUGGAACAGUUUUUAGCUCGAAUUCACGUAAAUCGGUGAUUUUUUUCAGACGACGUGAGCUUUCACCGGAAUCUCGAGCCGCUCGAGAAGCUCUAACCGAUUUUUUGGUCUCGAAUUUGCCAACUUCGAUUGUUCAAGAAGUGACGAGACAGGUCAAGCAUGCGGUUAACAAGAUUUUCGAGGUUGGUGUUUUAAUAACGAAAAUCACACAAAAAUAAUUUUUUUCUCAGAAUUUCGUGUUUUUCAGGACUCAGUAGCCUAAAUAAACUUAAAAAAAUAUUUUUUUCGAAGAGCGAAGUUUUUUAAAAGGGUAUCUCAAUUCCGAUUAAAAAUUUUGCUAAUGUAAAAUAUUCUAAUAGCGCUUGAAGCUUCAGCUUUCUUUCAAAAAAAUUGAGUUUAGAAGUUUGAUAAAAAAACUUGAAAAAUUAGUUAAAAAUCAAAUUUCGCAUUUGAAGGGUUUUUCAGUAAAAUAAAAAUGACUCUCAGAGAGUGAAAAAAAUGAAGGCUAACAACGGAGGUUACUUUAAGGAAAGCCUGGAAAUUCGCCUAUCCUACGAUUUCUGUGACUGAAUGAAAUGUUUAUUUCGCUCACAGACAGACUGGAUAAUUUUAAAAGUCUAAAAAGAGGAAUUUUCACGUUCUAAAAUUGUGAAAUAUUGCAUUCGUUGGUUGCCGAUCAAAAAGUGGGCUUUCACGUAUGAAAACUUAACUUUUACUUUAUUUCUACGUAUGACAACUUCAUUUUUAUUCUUUCUUCAUUUUUCUGACCCUCCUAACAUUGGAAUAUACGUUUCGGGACCUUUUAAAAUGACGAACUUUAUUAGUUUCAGUCGAUGCCAUGUAAUAGAAUGGACCCUUCUGCCAGUACCCAUCUCAAAACCUUGUAAAACUCCCAGAUUCAUCUGAAUCAUCUCUAUUAUUUACUAGCUUUUUAUCAUUCUUGAAAGAUUCCCAUUUUUCGAAGUCAUUUUUAUGUUGAUCAUUUUUCACUGUUUCCACAUCCUGGCAGGCAGGCUUGUGCGAGGGCCGGCCCGUCAGCCUCCCGGCCCCCCUGACCAUUUUGUUAGCUUGGCCCGGCACGGCCUUAGCGGAGGCCUCAAGAAAAAAUGGCCCGCCCGGCCCAAAACGCGCAAUUUUAUCUAGUCGGAUAUCAAGCUUUUUUACGACAAAAAUUACGUUUUUGCUCAUUUUUUCAUUUAAAGUUUAACAAAAACUAUCAUUUCAAAAGUAAAAGUAAAAUUUCGGUGAAAAUUUUUUGAAUGAAAUUUUAGGCCGGGCCGCCUGGCCUGACGCACGAGCCUGCUUGCAGGGAAGGUAAUUUUACUUUGUGUUUGGAAAUUUCCUGAAAAUCGGCACUCCUUGAAGGUAAUUCUGGAAUUCCCAACCUGCACAACUUCCUAUUUUUUAAUAAAAGACGCCUGAAAGUCGAAGAAAAUUUCAAAACCAAUUUUUAAAAAAGCUGUUUUGAGCUCUUAUUUUUUCGAAAACUAGGAAGUUUUGCAGGUUGAGACCUUCAGAAUCUUCAUUUGAUACAUCAAGAAGUAUUCUGGCCGAUUUUCAGAAAAUUCCCAACCGCAAAGUAAAAUGACCUCCCCUGUCAGAAACCAUAAUAAAUUUUUUGGAAAAAAUUUUUCAGCAGCAAAAAUCUUUCUUACUACGCAUUUUUGUUUUUUUCAAGAUCGAAAUCUAUAUUUUGAAGCUCCGAGUGGCGCCCGAAGAUUUGUCGGUCUCCGUUCAAGGCUUCUACCAAUACAUGUUCGAUAAACUCAACAAUUCGCCGUUUUUCGAUCAUGAAAGUGGGUUUUUCGGAUCUAAUUAGCUUAUUAGUUCAUAUAAUUAGCAUGAUGAAUUUUUCAGAAUGCCAGGUGAAGCCGCAAGAUGUGAUGGAGGAAAUCGAGAAGUAUAUUUGCACCUGCUGCUAUCCCCAAUUGUUCUGCGCCAGGUGAAUCAUUGAAGUUGUAAGUCAAGGAAAUGGGUUUUCAGGGAAAAUUUUGAAAGGACCCUUUUUUGAAUGAACCUUUCAUAAAGGGACCCUUUUUUGAAAUAAAUGGAUUUUUAGGUUUUUUGAAAAAAGAGACUUGAUUCCAUAGUAAAAAUGAAAAAAUAGGAAAAGUCGGUGGAAAAGGCUCCUUUUUUGCUGCCUUUUUGCACCAUUUUAUCGACCCUUAUGCACCAUUUUUGCUGCUUUCCACCAUUUCAUGACCCUUUAAAAUCCUAGAAAAAUGGUAGGCUUGAUAAAGAGACCCUUUUUGCUGCUAUUCUUCGGCCUUUCUGCGACCUUUUUGCAGCCUUUCUGUGGCCUUUUUUUCGAGCCUAUCCCUUUUAGCGUCCAUUAUCCAACCUUCCGACUUUGCCUGAGAAUUUACUUUGAUUCAAUUUCAAAAAGAGUAGUUAAAAAUUAUGCCUUUCCAGCUCGGACGAAGAAGUUGCCGAUGAAUCUCUACAAGACAGGAUCAGAUCCUUGCACUGGGUUACCGCCGGAUUCUUGGAAACUCGGCUGGACUUCAAAAAGCAGCCGGUUCGUUGGCAGUGAAAAAAACAUAACAUAUUAAAUUUGAAUAAAAUAGGUUUUUUUAAUCUUCUUGAAACUUUUUGAAGAGAGAAACGGUGAAAAGACUUCUAAAAAGUGAACUUUUCACAGCUUUUUUUAUGCGUUGCCCUUCUUUAGUUGGCUGGGAAAGGAUAUUUCGGAAAAAAACCUUUUUUUCAGAGCGGUGUUGAAUUAUGAAUAUAAUGAGCAUUUCGCUGAAAAAAACAGAUAUUAUAUUUGAAAACGAAAUUUUUUUUGAGAAAGGUGAAUUUUUUUAACGUUUGAAAAGAGUACCUUUAUCGAUACGAGUAAACAUCUUAGAUCCGAAUUAUACAUUUUUUUCUCUGGGUCGCAAUCGAUUUUUAGGUUCCUUAAUGCUUUCGGAAACUACCAUUCAUUUGAAUAAAAUGAACUUAAUUUUCGGCGAAGGUAAAGAAUUCAAUUAUUGGGCACUUUUUUAUUGUGUUGAGGAAGAAGAUUUUGAAAUAGUUUUUUUAUUUCCACCAUAGGCGAAUCGAGAAAGGGUGUCGCGAGAUCCUCUGAGGUAUAUCGCAGGCUCUGAAGCCUCACGAUGGUACCUCUGAGGGUUUUGAGCAAAAUGAGAGAGACUCUGAAGUACCUCCGAGAUGACUCAGAUUCAGCUAAAAGGUAUUCUGGAGGUUUCACGACCCAUUUUAAGAGGUACCUUUGUGGACACUUUAUGGUACCCUCUCGAUUCGCCUGCGACCAACAAUAUCAAUACUAUCAAGAUCGACAUAUUUCUCAGGUCCGUGACCGAUUGGACGAGGCGAUCGGAGAGAUUAUCGAGUUGAAUGGCAGAAGAUCGACCGAGGAGAAGUUGAAUUGCCUUGUUCGAUGUUCACAUUUCAUUUUUUCGGCUUUGAGUGAAAGCGGUUCGAUUUUCAUAUUUUUUGAUAAGAAACUUUGAGCCAAAAAGUAGAACAUUGAUAAUUUAAAAAAAGGGGGUGGGCCGCGGUUUGAGAGGUUAGGCCGCACCCCGGGGUGGGAUUCAGCCGACGAAAUUGUCAUCAAAAUUUUUUUAUAGAUCAUCCAGCCGACGUAUGUCCCAUCCUUCAAGAACCUUUUCCAGGAGCCCCAACUUCUGCCGACGAAUUCUUGCCAGUUCUAAUCUUCAUUUUGCUGCGCGGAAAUCCGCCGUUGAUCCAGUCAAAUGUCAAGUUCAUCAGCCGUUUCGCCCUGCCUUCUAGGGUCAUGAGUGGAGAAUCUGGUCGGUUUCGAAUGAAAAUCAAUGAAAAAAUCGAUAUAUUUAGCAUAUUUCUUCACGAAUCUCUCGUGUGCUCUCCAAUUCGUACAGGACAUGAAUCAUAACAGCCUGAAAAUGGAGCGGAGCGAAUUCGAAGCCUACACUUCGGGACAGUUGGCGCCUCCCUUGAAUGCAGCCAAUUGCGCUUGUAAUCAGGUAUUUUUCAAAUGUGCACGACAACUACAAUGAGAGAGUGAAAAAGGAUUUCUUACGAGUAUUUUUUUAUAAAAAGAACAGAUUUUUUUAUUUGAUUUUUAAGGUUAAUAAUGUAAAGAUUUCCUUUCUGAGAUGCGUAAUAUUUUCCUUCUAAAUAAGAGUUUGAGCAUUUCCAACACUUUUUUUCAGGCCUUAUAAAGUUUUUUUACAAAUCAUUUUUGUGUAGAAAAUUUCAACUUCUGAGGCCUAAAGAUCAAUAAAAAUUUUUUUCCUUUUCUGGAAGCUUCUCUAUAAAAAAAUUGGGGUGUACCCCGAAAAAGUGAUGUUUUUCGUUGAUUUUUGCGCUGCACCCCGCGUUGAACCUGAAUGGGGUGACCGGUCAGAAAUAAAAACCUUUUUAGCUACCGAAACGACCCAGCCUGAAACGGUAGAAAAUGGUGAUAUUGGGAAACAAGCCGCUUCGAAAUCGUGUACGGAAAAAAAAGUACCUUAAUAGGCAUUUAAAGCUAAACGGGGUGCACCCCCUGAUUACACUGCGGGGGAGUUCGAUGUGGGGUGCACCGCAACUUUUGUUAGAGGCUCAAUACACUUUUUUCAAACCAACAGUUUUUUACAGGCCAUAAACAUGAUCGAAAGCGCCCUGGACCGCGUUAAGUUAUUGAUGGACGAACAACAGCAACUUUUUCAGCAAAAUCGAUCAGUUGGAACGGAGGGUCACUGUGUUAGUUUUUUGUAAUAAAAUGUAUUUUCUAUAAAAGUUUGUUUUAAGUGAAGAAGCUGAGUUGGUCUCGGAGUUCAGCAGAAUCGCGACGAGCUUCCCCAGCGAGGAGUACAAGCGGCUUCAUCAAACGGUUCGUUUCAAAAAAAUCAGGAGCAAAAUUCAAAAAAAUGAACUGAAAUAAUCAAUUUUUUUCCCGAAAUGUGUUUGUAAAUAAGUCAAUAAGAUUGCAUUGCAAAUUUUUGGCUUUUUAUAAAACGAAAUUGAAUAUUUUUUUCAAACACUUGGUGAAAAGCGUACUAUUUUUCUUGCACACGGCUGACCGUAUUUUUAUCAUAUUUUUAUGAAAGAUUGCAGUUUUUUUGUUCGUAAAAUAAACUCCAUUCUCUUCAGAUCCGCGAAGAGGAGAAGCUGACGAUGGACGCGAUGUCGCGCUUCUCCCGGCAGUCUUCUGACUCGGGCCAUGGAACUCUGACGGUGGCGGGCACGGCCAGCGCCCCCGGGAGUCCCCAGCCACAACUCGAGCCGUCUUCUCAGUCUCCCUUGGCUGCUGUCUCGGGACAAACUCCGAAGAAAGUUGAAAAGGAGGAAAACGAAGGUGAAUAG